AUGUCAGCCAAUGCGUCCAAUAUACGCAGGUUUUUUGUCGGUUUGGCGAUUCCCGAGGGCGGUGUGCACAUAGUAGGUGGUAACGAUGGUGAUGCAUUCAUAGCGUUUGCUACUGAUGAGGAUGCACGCAAAGCUAUGCUACUUGAUCGACAGACUAUUAACGGGGCGCCGGUUCGUCUUUUCCUUAGUAGCAAAACUGAGAUGCAAUCUGUUAUCGAAUCAGCUAGAAGUUCUGCUCUUUACACUGGGAUUGCUACCACUCCGUCUCUCCCGCCAGUUCCACAAAAAACCGAAGCCAUGCAGGCGAUGGACGUGACUGCACCUACAUUACCCAGUUCGUUUCCGUCUUAUCGUAAUGGAACUACAAGGGAUUCAUUUUCUGAAGGACGCUCAGAUCAGUUCUCUUACCCAGGCCAACAUUCAACUUCUCCCCCACCUGUUCAUCCGCUUGAUCCGCCAGUGUCUGAUUUGUAUGCAGCAUCCAACGUCGGACUCCCGCCGAGAAUUCCCGAAAGAUCGAUCGCACCAGAGUCAUUGCCUCUAAGUCGAGAUUAUGACUAUAAUCAUCAACCACACGCCCCUUUUGUGCGAUAUGACGAAGUUCAUGACCGCUUACCUGUAGUUCCAGAUUACCCACCACCGAGGGACCAUUCCGGGCCAAGCAACCCCCCACCGGACCAUUAUAGGUCAUAUUAUGACGAUCCUGUGUAUGACCGUCGCACAUCUGACAACCGACUUAGUGCUCCUUCAAAGGAUCCCUCUAUAGAGGAUCCACGGAGUGUUUAUGGCAAUACUCGCUAUGCUCGCAACGUACCUGAUCCGCGGCAUGAGUACGACAAACCACAGACACCUCCAAGGCCGCUUCCUGAUCAUGCCCUUCGUGAUGGCUUCCCUCGUGAACCUGAAAUCUCUCGCGCUGAACCUACUUACCCGCCAUAUCAGCCUCCAGACCGAAAUCGCCCCCCGCCGUCAUUUGAUCGUCAGCAACCACCUUUUGUGGAUCCCCGAGGGCUCACCGAGCGAGACUUUUCCGUCAGACCCCCAUGGUUAAACGAAGAUGCGACUCAUCACGGAUCCAAGCGUCCAUUUCAACCGCAGCCAGAAUUUGAUGAUUAUGGUGUUCACAAAAAACGCGUACCCCCUCCCCCACCAACCGCUAAAGUAGCUCAUGACACACCACCUAUGGAGACUGACUUUAUUGUUCGUCUUGCUGUGCCCGUGUCGGAGGUGGGUGUGAAGCCCGUAUUCGAUAUAUUGCGAGGUGUCCACAUUGUUCCAAAAUGGGGUAUUCGCAUAGAAGAAGACAGUUUACAAAGGCCGACCGGCUAUAUUUUCAUCAUGGUGACUGAUCGCGAAUCUCUUGAUCGUGCUUUAUCUUAUGAUGGGCGACCGUAUAAAGGUAAAAAUGUAAAGGUUAUCCAGUCUAACCUUGCUGAAUUCUAUCGGGUUACGGAUUCCAAUUUUCGCAGCAAGUGUCCACCGGAAAUCAUUAAAAAGCUCCCAUCUCCUGGAGAGAGGUUUACACCACCGUAUUAUGCCGAUGGUUGUCUGGAAGUUGCCGAACUACCACCGGACACCACGUGUCCGGAAGUUGUCCGGUUUCUUGGGGCUCCUGGACUCUCACCUGGUGAUGUAGUCAUUGCUACUUUCGCACCUUCUGAUAAGGCUGCACCCGCAAAUCCAAAGUCUGUCCGAGCGUUAGUUAUCCUCCCCUCUGCGAAGGACAUACAAAUAUUGCUGUCAGCGAAGCCUCGUCCCUUACGCCCCGAUGGAGCUUUUCCACCUGUUCGGCUUUCACCGAUUUCUCGACUGCAGUUUGAAGCCUUUUCCGUCCAUAAUGUGGAUAGUAAGUCAACUACUAAUAUACCCAAGACAGAAAAGCCAUCUGAUGCGUUGCCUGUGGAGUCCAAUAAGUCCACUGAGAGCGAACCGCUGACUUGCGCAUUUCUUUCAGGCCUUUCCCGUUACCUGAUAUACUCUGAAGUGCUUCGGCUUUUUCCAUCAGUACUUAUCCCCGGAGACGCCAUUCGCAUGGUUCCGCCAGAGCAAACUAGUGCCUACAUAGACUUCAUUAGUGAGAAUAACUGUCGCCGUGCCCUCACCGAUAUCACUGGAAAAGAUUCGAAAGCAAAGCUCGCACAUCCAAAUAUUCAUAUAGAAGCCAUUUCUAGGAGCGAAAUGGAAAGCCGGUUGGAGAACGUGCCGAAACAAGAAGAGCCGCACACGAAUGAACGCAGCGUUCGUCACCCG